AUGUGCGGACACACGGAGGGUCGGACGGUCGAAGCACACGCAACCAUCUUUUUAAUUUUAUUUGUGGGCAAAAUACAUGCAGACAGUUUGGUGUGGCCGCACGGCAGCCAGGCGAUUUUUUUCUUAUUUUUAAAUUUGUGUGGAGCAGUAAUGGACGAUUUCUUUUUAUUUAUAAUUAUUUUGUGUGAUGGGGUUUACAUAAGACGAAGGGGACGUUUUUUUGUUUUCAAUAAAUAUUGUGUUAAUUGCCGCUGCUUCGGCUGCAGUGCAGUCAUGAGUUUGAGCGGUCUUCUUGUUGUUUCCGUUAUGCGUCCCCGCUGUACAUUUUUGCGUCCCUCCACAUACUCUGCUCCCUCUUUUCUACUUCAUUGCUUUGUGUUGCUGCAGGCACACACAAUCACACACACACAAGAUGCACAUUGCAGUGGAUUUGAAUGCACCUUUUGUGGUGCAUGCUGGCAGUUGCGUGUGGCGGCUGUUGUCUUCUUCCGUGGCCAUGAGGAGGGGGAGAGGGAGUGCACCCCGAGUCUAUUUUCCUGUGGGUGUGAUGCACCGCGUGUGACUGCGCUGAGUUGGGCUCCUUGUCCCAUUGAUGGCGGGAUGGCAGGAAAUUUUUUACCGCGUGAUGGAUGGAUGAGGGCUCGCUUGCUCCGUGUGCGUUGCGUGGUGGCCGCGGGGUUUUGGCCAUUUCCCUGGGGCUGCGGGAAUGAGCUGGGGGAGAUGGUUGAUGUCUUCUCCUCCUGCAUGGUGGGUGGCUGCUGGCGUUGUGUGCCUUCCUUGCGUGGAUGCCGUCUCGUGGUGUGUGAACUGUGCGGCUGGGCCUGCUGCCCUCUCCGCAUGUUGUCUGCGCUCUCUCGCUGUAUCCGCUGUGCUCCGUCCCUCUCCCUCUCGUUCCAUUCCUUUCCUUUCCGUCUCACCGAUCAGCUGACUGACACCAGCGACUCCGCUACGGGCGAUGAUGACUGCGAUGGUGACGGUGCGGCGCCGUGCUGGUCCUUGCGCUCUUGUGCUGCUGCUGCUCGUCCGUGUGCGUGA